UCCAUAACUCUGCGACCGUGACCCGGAAGAGCAUUCUCCUUAGCAACUGCGGGACGGCGGCGGCGCUUGCCUCCCGGGAGACAAGCUAGUGACAACUGAGCUGAUCAAGGCCAGAAGAACUCUGAGCUGAGCAGUGGAGGCCCUCCGGGAUCUAGAGAGAAGAGGUGACCGUGGAACCAGUAAUGAGCCAUCCUGACUACCGGCUGAACCUCCGGCCCCUGGGGACCCCCAGAGGCGCGUCCUCUUUGGCUGGCCCACGUGGUGUUGGUGCUUCACCAGGUGACAAAAAGUCAAGGAGCAAGACCACACGAGGGAAGAAAAAAAGCAUAUUUGAAACCUACCUGUCCAAGGAGGAUGUUUCAGAAGGCUUGAAGAGAGGAACACUUAUUCAGGGUGUAUUGAGAAUUAAUCCGAAGAAGUUUCAUGAAGCCUUCAUUCCUUCCCCGGAUGGUGAUCGAGACAUUUUUAUUGAUGGGGUUGUUGCUCGUAAUAGAGCCUUGAAUGGGGACCUGGUGGUUGUGAAUCUGCUUCCAGAGGAGCAGUGGAAGGUAAUUAAACCAGAGAGCAAUGACAAAGAAACAGAAGGUGCCUAUGAAUCAGAUCUCCCUGAGGAGCUCUGUGGAAGCCAUCUCCUGCAACAGUCCCUGAAAGGCUAUAAUGACAGUCCUGAUGUCAUUAUAGAGGCUCAGUUUGAUGACAGCGACUCAGAAGAUGGACAUGGCAACAUGCAGAAUGCUCUGGUUGAUGGUGUUAAGAAACUCUCAGUUUGUGUUCAUGAAAAAGGAAAAGAGGAUGCUGGUGCACCAGUUACAAAAGACGAAAACACCUUCAUGUCACAGGACACAAGAGCUUUACCAGAGAAGUCGCUGCAGAGAUCAGCAAAGGUGGUUUACAUCUUGGAAAAAAAACAUUCCCGUGCAGCGACUGGCUUCCUCAAACUCUUGGCCGAUAAGAACAGUGAACUGUUUAGGAAGUAUGCCCUGUUUUCUCCCUCGGACCACCGGGUGCCUAGAAUUUAUGUACCUCUCAAGGACUGUCCCCAGGACUUUGUGACCCGGCCUAAAGAUUAUGCCAACACGCUGUUCAUCUGCCGCAUUGUGGACUGGAAGGAAGACAGCAACUUUGCCCUGGGGCAGCUGGCUAAGAGUCUUGGGCAGGCUGGGGAAAUCGAGCCUGAAACAGAAGGGAUACUAACAGAGUAUGGAGUGGAUUUCUCUGAUUUCUCUUCAGAAGUUUUAGAAUGUCUCCCUCAAGACCUGCCUUGGACAAUUCCACCAGAGGAAUUCAGCAAGAGAAGAGAUUUAAGAAAAGACUGUGUCUUCACCAUCGACCCAUCAACUGCCCGAGACCUCGAUGACGCCCUCUCCUGCAAGCCCGUCGCUGACGGCAACUUUGAAGUGGGAGUUCACAUCGCUGACGUCAGUUACUUUGUUCCUGAGGGAUCCAGUCUGGAUAAAGUGGCUGCUGAGAGAGCUACAAGUGUCUACUUGGUUCAGAAGGUUGUCCCCAUGCUUCCCAGGCUGCUGUGUGAGGAGCUGUGCAGCCUCAACCCCAUGACCGACAAGCUCACCUUCUCCGUGAUCUGGACGCUAACUCCGAAGGGCAAGAUCCUCAGUGAAUGGUUUGGCCAGACUGUCAUCCGCUCCUGCACCAAACUGAGCUAUGAACAUGCACAGAGCAUGAUUGAAGGCCCCACUAGGAAGAUCCCCGAGGAGGAGCUGCCCCCCGUCUCCCCGGAGCACACCAGUGAGGAAGUGCACCGGGCUGUUUUGAACCUCCACCGUAUCGCAAAGGAGUUACGCCAGCAGCGGUUUGUGGACGGCGCACUUCGUUUGGAUCAGCUAAAGCUUGCUUUUACUCUGGACCACGAGACAGGAUUGCCUCAAGGAUGUCACAUCUACGAGUACCGUGACAGCAACAAGCUCGUGGAAGAGUUCAUGCUCUUGGCCAACAUGGCUGUGGCCCGCAAGAUCCACUGCGCCUUCCCCGAGCGAGCCCUGCUACGGCGGCACCCCCCACCCCAGACCAAGAUGCUCAACGACCUGGUGGAAUUCUGUGACCAGAUGGGGCUGCCCAUGGACUUCAGCUCUGCCGGGGCCCUCAAUAAAAGUCUGAUGGAGACAUUUGGAGAUGACAAGUACUCACUGGCCCGGAAGGAGGUGCUCACCAACAUGUGCUCCCGGCCCAUGCAGAUGGCCUUGUACUUCUGCUCGGGGGUGCUGCAGGACCAGGCGCAGUUCCGCCACUACGCCCUCAAUGUGCCGCUCUACACGCACUUCACCUCGCCCAUCCGCCGCUUCGCUGACGUCCUGGUGCAUCGCCUCCUGGCCGCCACGCUGGCUGGGCAUCAGGGAGGCCUCAGCUCUGCGCGGGGCUCCCAGGCCCCAUCUGACCCGGGCCAGGGGCACCAUGCUGCCCAGAACCCCGCCAAGGACGGCACACACACAGCACCCGCCAGCGGGCCCCCGACCACUCUCUGCCCAGGCUACAGGGAGCUUCCAGAUGUGGAGCCCGAGGCCCUGCAGAAGCAGGCUGACCACUGCAAUGACCGCCGCAUGGCUUCCAAGCGUGUGCAGGAGCUGAGCACCAGCCUGUUCUUUGCCAUCCUGGUCAAGGUGAGGCCGCCAGCCUGUCGCCCCUCCCCUUCCCUCCACCCCACCUUCCCGCCAGGGCGCCUGUUCACAGGGAGGGCUCCCGGAGUCCGGGGCCUUUGGCAGCUGGGGUGGGCCCUGGGGGGAGACUGCAUCCCCUGGCCGAGCCCUGGCUGGAGCCCUGCCAUGCAGGAGAGCGGCCCGCUGGAGUCGGAAGCCAUGGUGAUGGGCGUCCUGAGCCAAGCCUUCGACGUGCUGGUGCUGCGCUACGGGGUGCAGAAGCGCAUCUACUGUAAUGCGCUGCCCCUGCAGUCAUACCGUUUCCAGAAGGUGGGCAAGAAGCCGGAGCUCACGCUUGUCUGGGAGCCUGAGGACGCGGAGCAGGGGCCGGCGCAGCAGGUCGUCAGCAUCUUCAGCCUGGUGGAGGUGGUGCUGCGGGCAGAGGCCACGGCCCUCAAGUACAGCGCCAUCCUGAAGCGACCCGGCACCGAGGGCCUCCUCGACUGGCAGGACGAGCAGGGCGGCCGGGACCUCGCGGAGGAACAGGACUGAAGCCGCCAGCCGGCCCACCCCUCCCCCACUCCCGUUAGGAAUAGGAACUUCGGGCACCAACGGGGAUUCUUAAUUUGGUUUUUAACAACUCAGGGUUUUGUUUUUAUUUUUUCAUUCUAUUUUAUUUUUGCAGCUUGGUUUUCAAACUGGAGGGGGAGGGUGGGGUUGGAUGGAAGGCUGCGGGCUGGCCGGUGCUCAGCAGCUCAGAGCUAGACCUGGUCCUCCUGGGAGGCCAGCGCCCCUUCUGCCAGGUUACCCACUGCCCUCCCGUGCCCAGAAAACCAGGGGUUUUCAGUAAAUCAGAGUCAUGGAAUAAAA